AUAACUAGAGAGAAAGUAAAUAAGAUUAUUGGAGAGAAACUACUUCAAAGUGACCGAACUACUUCAAAGUGACCGAACUACUUCAAAGUCUAAUAUCUCUUUUUAUUGUGAAACUCAUUCAUAGAUAUCCCUUUAGAACUUAGACUUGCAAAUGCGCACUACCAUUUUGUAGUUGCAACUUUUAUUGCAAAAAAUGUAUUCCGCAUAACUAUCAGAUAAUACUAUGGAAGAUCUACAGCGUAAAAUCAUUCAACUUAUUGAAAUAGAUAUCACAUUCUUGUAAGAAUAGAUUGCGAGAUCAUGAAGUUGGAAGAUAUUAUUAACUUUGACGGAGUUAAAACCUGCUUGGUACCUAAAUUAAACAAUACCGAAGUAGAUAUAUUUGAAAUCCACAAAGAGGGUAUCACUGCAUUUCAUCAGAAGCAGAUUCAGCUUGAAUGCUAUUUAAGUAACCAAAAUGGUGAAGAGGUUAGAGAUUUUUUGAAUAAUUUCGAACUUCAGAAUAGCAAACUUAACUCCGAUUAUUGUUUGAAAUUUAUUCUUAGAUUCUAUAAUUUCCACGUUCUCCAACCAUAUGACUUCGAUAAUAACUUACUAGAAAUCUGGAAUCGGGUCCAAAGUCAAAUAUUUAGUUUCUUUCGCCCAAUGAGGGUUAAAAUUCAAUUAUCUCAAUAUUUCAAUAUUACCACCACUUUAUCAAGGUUGAAACCUCGUUUAUAUAGGGGAUUGGAUCCAAGCGAAUCACAAAGUUUUCUACCAAACAAUUCAUCUUCAAUCCAAGUCCGCAAACACCAACUUAAUGGCAUUAUUGGUUACUUUUAUCCAACAAAGGAGCAUCGCAACGAAAAUAAAACUUCUGGAGCAUUAAUGGUCUCCAAACUUUUGACUACUGUGUCCACACCUGAGCCUAAGCAGUAUGCGAGUGAUGGAUCUGAAGCUAUUAUUCAGAGUUUAAUUCAAACCAAUAUUUUAGAGCCUGUUAUAGCAGCCAUUAAAUGUAAUAGAAAUAUUAUGUUACUUAAUGGGCGUAUAAUUUCGAAAAGGAUAAUGGAUGGUACUAAAGUUAGAGUUCAACCCAAUUUGGGAUUAGAAACUUCUAAAUUAUAUGUCCCAAUUGAAGUCAAAAAAUCUGGAUUGCGUGACAGUUUCAACAAUUUUUUUGAUUCUAAUAGCCCAGGAAGUGCUAAAGCUUUAGAUUUUCUAGAAAUUUUCUCUCAAUUGAUAAGAGAAUUAUAUUUGACAAAUUCGCCAAUAGGAAUCUUAUCUGAUUAUGAUUUUAUUGUUAUGGUAGAUGUAUCAUAUUAUAAGAUUGGAAAAGUAGAAGGGCUUGAUGAUGGUAAAUUGAUGAGAUCUAUCAGUUGUAACUUUACUGUGAUUGAAGAUACUGAAUUCUUUAGCUCCAUCACAACUUUAUUUUCAAUGCUUAAUGUUGAUAGAGACCCAAUGCAUAUGAAUUUAGAUUUAAGUAUCCCUGAUUUAGACUAUAUCAACAAGAUCUUUACAAAUAAGAUAGUUCGGUGGAAUAAGGAUAUAUAUUCCUACUGCCAAGAAAACAGGAUAUCAGAAAAUCAUAAAGUAGAGGAUAAUACUUCCAAUCCUCCUAGUGCAGAUGCUUCCAUUACCGUACUUUGUGGUAAAACAGGACUAGAUCUUCGUGAAAGUAAUUUAAUUACACUUCGAAAGACUAGUUUGACUCCCGUUUUGUCUUCUAAAUUUAUUUAUAUUAAAACUAUUAGUGGCAGUAAAUUUGGUGAAAGAAAUAGUGCCGUUUUUGUUGUGGCAUUAGUCGUUAAUCCCCAAAAGUUGUACAUACUUAAGUGUUAUGAUCCAUUUCGGACAAGUCAGUUUUAUACUAAUGGUUUUGAUAUAAAAAAAAGUUAUAUUGAAUCAUUAAGAACAUUUACUAAGGAGAUUUCUGCAUAUUCUAUUCUUGAUGGUCUUGAAGUCAUACCAAAACUUUAUAUGUGUGGAUUCAUAAAUUCAUCUCUGGAUAAUUUUGUCGAUGAUAUUUCAACUAGUACGGUUCCUGAAAUAUCCGGUUUCUUUAUGUUGUUAGAAUAUUUAGAAGGAAAGCCUUUAUCUGAGAUUGAACUUUCACAGAGACGUCUUUACAAAGAUGCUUGUCUCAAAUCCAUAAAUCAAAUUCAUUUGAGGAAAUUAGCCCACAACGACUUACAUAGUGGGAAUAUAAUUGUAAGUGAAUCAGUAAAUUCCGAUGGUUCAAGGAAAUUCGAAGCUAAAAUAAUUGAUUUUGGUUACAGGUAUUUGACAAAAGAAAGACUUUGUUGGAACGAAUCUUGUAAAAACUUCAGUAAUGGUCGACCAAGUCCUGAUUUAGAGUUGGAGGAAAGACUUCAAGAAGAUCUCAAUGAUAUUGAUUAUAGUUUAGAAAGUGACCAAAAUUCAAAGAAUUAUAACAGAUUCAAGUUUGUAAAAUCUAAAUCUUAUUUUAACUGAUUAUUUGUCAAAUUUAUAUAGAAAUAAUGUACACAUUUAUAUGUGCUGAAAAGUAGUAUGUAGAGACAAACACUAGAAUCCUCAUGGAGUUAGGAGGUACGUUCAUAUCUAACGAUAUAGCAGGUAUAUUAAAUUAAC